CACUCUCUACGUUUAAACAUAAACAAUUCCACGUGGAUUCUAGGAUUCUAAGUUAUGUAGUAGCAGACCUAAAAUUACCGUGAAGCAGCAAAUGCCUUAAAAUGCCUGAGAAGUCUUCAUCACCAAGAAAAGUUCCACUGACCAAAGGAAAUGUCGGCAGGAAACCCUCGGAGAAAAAAGAUGUAGCCGAGGUGUCCUUCACGCCGCUGUACGUAUCAUCAGCAGCCGUGGCCGUGUUCUCUGUUCUAUAUUACCUGUUGACAUACCAGGAGGGAGGGACAGAAACAUUCGUGCCUGUUGGACUGACGACGGAGAAAAAAGUACACGAGGUGGCCUGCUCCACGGAAUACGCCAAGGAACCCUUUCAUGACUGUAAACCGAAACGGUGUGCGCGGGUUGUGAUGGAUGAACUGGUAGCUAAGUCGGAAGCAAGUCAUCUACGAGGGGUAGCUGAGCGAGGCCUGGCACUCGGUGGUGGGGACGGGGGAGCGUCGAUUUUGGAUCUGCAUUCAGGAGCACUUUCGAAGGGAAAAUCGUUUAUCAACGUGUACAGAUUACUGGAAACAAUAUCUGAAAAUAUAUUCACCGAAGAAGAUUUCCGUGUAUAUAGAAAUGUGAAAUCAAAAAUCCAUGUGGCUAUUGCUAAAGAGUUUGGUGUAAAGCCGAGUGCCUUAUUCCUUACCAAACCUACGUUUUUCUCGCGGAUGAAUACCAAACCGGCAACUACAGUGCAUGAUGAGUACUGGCAUGCGCACGUCGACAAGGUGACUUACGGGUCGUUCCACUACACGUCAUUGCUCUACUUGUCAACUUACGGAGAAGAAUUCUCGGGCGGCAGGUUUAUCUUCGUUGACAAGGACGUUAACCGUACAGUGGAGCCGAGGCUGGGUCGAGUUUCAUUUUUUACUUCCGGGUCUGAGAACGUCCAUUUCGUCGAGAAGCUCGUGGAGGGAGAACGGUUCGCCAUCACCAUAUCCUUUACAUGCGAUCCUGCUCAGGCGAUAAGUGAUCCGGUCUUACCAACUAAGUAACAUGUAACCAUGGUCUCACAGUUGUCAUUGCUCUAUUGUAUUUCUAAUUGAAGGAAUACAUGUAUUAUUUCAAUAUGCACAUUGAUAAUAUUAGCAUCAGCUACGGUAUACGCUUUAAUCCUGAACCCCGCUUUUACAACAGUAAUUUGUAGAAAUUGAUCUCUGGAAAUUUGUGAUUGACGUCUCGUUAAACUGAAGAAAUGGUUACUCUGGACUACCAACGGUAAUGUGCAGUGCUGGCGAAUUCAGUCAUAAUGAGCAAUGUAGUAUGGGUUAAUUUAAUCCCAGUGAGUAGUGUAGUGUAGGUUAAUUUAAUCCCAGAGAGCAAUGUAGUGUAGGUUAAUUCCUAGUGAGCAGUGUAGUGGAGGUGAAUUUAGUUCUAGUGAGCAGUGUAGUGAAGGUGAAUUUAAUCCUAAUGAACAAUGUCGUGUAAGUUAUUAACUCCUAAUUAACAGUUCAGUGGAGUUGAAUUUAGUCCUAGUGAGCAGUGUAGUAGUGGAGGUGAAUUUAGUCCUAGUGAGCAGUGUAGUGGAGGUGAAUUUAGUCCUAGUGAGCAGUGUAGCGGAGGUGAAUUUAGUCCUAUCGAGCAGUGAAGUGGAGGUGAAAUUAGUCCUAGUGUGUUAUUGAUGAGUAUAAUAUAGAAUCUAUAAGCCAAUCGUACAUAUCUAAAAUACAUAACAAAAAUUAUCAUACUUCAAAACAUAACUAAUCGAUGAAAACUGUCAAAUGAGUGGUGUGAGGAAAACCUUUAAAACUCCAUGCAUGUUAACAGACUACACUAAACCAGUUCGUGUUGUCGCGUUUAGCACAUCUUUUAUAUUCACGGACCAUGCGUUUAUGUUAACUUCUUAGAAUAGACGACGGACGAUUAGCCAAUGGAAUUCAUUAGAUUGACGUUUGCAGCGUGACCAGUUUAUUUGAUUACCGAUAUAUUCAGCAUAAGGAGGGUAAGGUUUCGAGUAUACGAUACCAGCGUGAGUCCAUUUGAGUUCCUAGAAAAUAAGACAUAGAAGCAAGAGAUAAAAGCAACACACAUUGUGCCAUAGUGACGUGUGUGAAAUUGAAAAUUGUUCAUGAUGUUUUAAAAUAAAUUGUGCGCCUACACAGUGUAGUGCGUAUAGGUUGUGUUUCGAAAUUGUGAGUGAGCUAUCUUCACUUUAACAUGUUUAUAUAAAUUGUUUCGUAGAAACGUUCCUGAUGAAUUGCUGAACUAUAUAAAUGACAGAUUGCCAACACUAAUUUAUAGGCGUCUUUUAAGAAUUAACUGUAAUCCCUACUGUUCUGCCUCUUGUGUUAACAUGUUGUCCAUACUUGUGACGUAAUUACACGAGGUUAGGACGUGGAACUUUUGUCAUACAAUGUGAGGGUUUAAAUCGUUUUAUGAUAACAAAAUUACAUUCCAAUCUAAAUGUACACAUUGUGUGAUUUAUAUAAUACAUUUAACCAUGUAAAGAUUAUGUUGGCUCUAAUGGCGCUGUGUAGAUGCCUUGCUAUGACUUGUUAUAUUUGCAUUGUAUUACUUGUAUGUUUUAAAAUGUUUGAACCAAAAAUCUGCGAUGUAAAUAUAUGCCGGAUUACAAGUGUGAAUGGUAUGAAGCGGGCCUGAUAUGAUAUCUGUUUCUGUAUCUGAGGAAAAGCAAAUAAAACAAAUUAAAAACUUUAA